AUGUCUAAGUCUCGCGUUAUUUCUCGUUAUCUGGGCCCGUUAGACCGAAUAGGCGUAGGGGAAAGCGAUUCCAUAUCUUCCCUUGGGAUAGACAAAUAUCCAAAAAACAAUCUCUUAAUUUAUCACUUCCACUUAUGUUACUUGCUUCUUUCUUACUUCUAUUUCUUUUUCUUUCUUCUAUUUCUUUCUUUCUUUCUUUCUUUCUUUCUUUCUUUCUUUCUUUCUUUCUUUCUUUCUUUUAUUGCCUUUUCUUUCUUUUUUCGUCUAUUUCCUUUUCUUUCUUCUAUUUUCCUUCCUUUUCUAUUUUUUCUUACUUCCUUUUUCUUUCAUUCUUUCUUCAUCCUAUUCUUUUCUCUUCUGCAUUUCCUUUAUUCGUCUAUUUCCUUCCUUCCUUCCUUCCUUCCUUCCUUCCUUCCUUCCUUCCUUUGCUUUAAUAAUCCUUACUAUCAUACCAUCCAUAUCUAUCUAUUUAAAUUUGUUAUAUCUAUUUAUCUAUUUCAAGUAAUUCAUAUCUAUCUAUCUAUCUAUCUAUCUAUCUAUCUAUCUAUCUAUCUAUCUAUCUAUCUAUUUAUUUCAAUUAAUUCAUAUGAUCUGGAGCAGGGAGUCUACAUUCACUUCCGUUUGGACGGCUCCCUCUUCGACCUUCGUCGCUUCACUGCCAAGACAAAGAGCCUCCAAGAUCUCCUCGAGGAAGUCCUCUUUGCUGAUGACUGUGCACUAGUGUCCCAUGCAGAGUCUGAUCUGCAGCUGAUCCUGGCCCUCUUCUUUGACGCCUCCAAGCUCUUCGGACUGACAAUCAGUCUCGGCAAGACAGAGGUACUUCAUUAUACUUCCUUUUUUCCUUCCCAUUUCUGUCUGAUUCUUUCUCUCCCUCUUUUUUCUGUCCUUCUCAUUUAUUGCAUAUCCCUUACUACUUCUUUCUUUUUCUUUCUUUCUUUCUUUCUUUCCACUUUUUAUCACUCCGCUUUGAACUUUCUUUCUUUCUUUCUUUCUUUCUUUCUUUCUUUCUUUCUUUCUUUCUUUCUUUCUUUCUUUUUUCCACUUUUGUAUCCUCCCUUUGAACUCCUUUCUUUCUUUCUUUCUUUCUUUCUUUUUUCUUUCUUUCUUUCUUUUUUCUUUCUUUCUUUCCACUUUUGUAUCACUCCGCUUUGA